AUGUCUCCAAUCGCCAACCAGAGGAAGCACUCCAUCGCGACUAUGGGCGCCGAUGGCAUCGGACCCGAAGUCGUCAAUGCCGCAGUCCAAGUCCUGAAGAAGCUCACAGCACUGGACGGCUCAUUCGAGCUUGAGUUCAAGGAUUACGACUGGAGCUCAGAGACCUACAAGAAAACUGGAAAGUACAUCCCAGACGACGGUCUCGACGAGUUGAAGAAGCAUGACGCCAUCCUCUUUGGUGCUGUCGGCGCACCAGAUGUCCCUGAUCACAUCUCCUUAUGGGGUCUGCGACUGGCAAUUUGCCAGCCAUUCCAACAGUACGCCAAUGUUCGCCCGACCAGAAUUUUCCGUGGUACACAGUCGCCUCUCAGGAACGCCUCGCAUGGUGACCUCGAUUGGGUUAUCGUGCGCGAAAACUCAGAGGGCGAGUAUGCUGGUCAGGGAGGUCGUUCGCACAGGGGUCAGCCAUGGGAGAUAGCCACAGAAGUCUCCAUCUUCACAAGACACGCGGUCGAGCGAUUGAUUCGAUUCGCUUUUGAGCUGGCACAGAAGAGGGAGAGGAAGUUCUUGACAGUCGUUACCAAGUCGAAUGCACAGAGGAAUGGAAUGGUCAUGUGGGAUGAGGUCGCCUUGGAGGUAUCGAAAGACUUUCUAGAUGUCAAGUGGGACAAGAUGCUCGUCGAUGCCAUGACAUGCCGCAUGGUGCUAGAUCCCAAGUCGCUCGACACCAUCGUCGCUACCAACCUUCACGCCGACAUUCUCUCCGACCUUGCAGCUGCCCUGGCUGGUUCUAUCGGCAUUGCACCUACCAGCAACCUGGACCCUACCCGCAAGAACCCCUCCAUGUUCGAGCCCAUUCACGGCUCAGCGUUCGAUAUCACUGGCAAAGGCGUUGCCAACCCAGUAGCCACAUUCUGGACAGCCUCAGAGAUGCUGACAUGGCUGGGCGAGGAGGAUGCUGCAAACAAGAUGAUGAAAGCCGUCGAGAACGUCACCGAACGUGGCAUCGUCACAAAGGAUCUCGGUGGUAGCUCAAAUACUAAGGAGGUCACCGAUGCUGUAUGCUCAGAGCUCGAGAAGAUAUUUGGUAAGGGAAAGUAG